AUGCGGCUUCCAGUAUGGCUUCCACUCCUCCUUCUGACUGGGUUCACCGAAGCGACGCCGCGCGACUAUGACCAGAAUGACUACUUCGCCCUCCAUCUCCACCCUACCGCGGUUCCUCAAGAAGUCGCGGAUCGACUGGGGAUAAAUCUUGAAGGACAGAUUGGGGAACUGAGCGAUCAUUAUUCUUUUUCAUGCUCGAAGAGCUCCUGUCAGGAGUUGGGGCAUGCGUUACAAGAAUUAAAGAGGAGAAAGAAGAGAAGGAGACGCUCCUUAGACGGCAGAGAUGCGUUAGCUCCGCGAGCAGAAACAUCCCCGGAUCUUACAGAUGUUCUUUGGUCGGAGAAGCAAGAGUUGCGACAUCGCCAUGUCAAGCGAAUACCUCCACCUCUCCCGGCCGGUCGUGUACGCCAGGACGCCGUGGACCCAGAGUCUGAUGGAUCGUCGGAACAAGCACAGCAAGAAGCAAUUCAGCGUUUGAACACCAUCGCAGACACUCUAAAGAUCAAAGACCCUAUUUUUAAGGAGCAGUGGCACUUAUUCAAUCCUCUACAGCUUGGUCACGAUCUGAACGUCACUGGUCUCUGGCUGGAGGGCAUUACUGGUAAUGGUACCAUUUCUGCUGUUAUCGAUGAUGGACUGGACUUGUACAGCAACGACCUCAAGGACAACUAUUAUGCGGAAGGUUCCUGGGACUUUAACGACAACUCUCCCGAACCGAAGCCGCGACUUUUUGAUGACAAACAUGGCACCCGCUGUGCGGGAGAGAUUGCCGCUGUUAGAAAUAACGUUUGCGGCGUGGGGAUGGCCUAUGACAGCAAAGUCGCGGGCAUUCGAAUUUUGUCAAAACCCAUCACUGAUGAAGACGAGGCGAUAGCCAUAAACUACCACUACCAGGACAAUCAGAUCUACUCCUCCAUGGUCAAUGGUAUUCAGAAUGGUCGAAACGGCCUAGGGUCUGUUUUCGUCUUUGCGGCCGGGAACGGAGCGGCAAGCCAGGACAACUGCAACUUUGAUGGUUAUACCAACAGCAUCUACAGUAUCACGGUCGGAGGCAUUGACCGCGCCGGUAACCAUCCCUACUACUCCGAAGCUUGCUCCGCACAACUAGUUGUGACAUAUAGUUCCGGCAAUCAGGACGCCAUCCACACUACCGAUGUUGGGGUUGACAAAUGUUACAAUGGUCAUGGUGGGACAUCAGCCGCAGGCCCGCUCGUUGUCGGCACAGUAGCACUUGCACUCGGCAUUCGGCCAGACCUUACCUGGCGAGAUCUACAAUAUCUAUGCGUUGAGACCGCCAUCCCCAUACACGAAGACGACGGAAGCUGGCAGAACACGACCAUUGGCAAGAGAUUCAGCCAUGCCUACGGUUAUGGCAAAAUCGACGCUUAUAGAUUCGUCGAGGCUGCUAAGACGUGGAAAACGGUCAAGCCACAAGCGUGGUUCCACUCACCCUGGCUCAGCGUCCAGCAUGAUAUACCGGAGGGCGAGCAAGGACUGGCUGCGAGUUUCGAAGUCACCAAGGAGAUGCUGAACAAGGCCAACCUGGAAAGACUCGAACACGUCACUGUAACCAUGAAUGUUGAGCACACCAGGAGAGGUGAUUUGAGUGUAGAUCUGAUCAGUCCCAGUGGCUUGGUCAGCGAAAUCGCGACCUCCCGUGGUCCAGACGGAGCUGCAGAAGGGUAUGAUGACUGGACGUUCAUGUCGGUGGUUCACUGGGGUGAGUCUGGGAUUGGCAACUGGACUGUGAUUGUCAAAGAUUCCCAGAAGAAUGAAUUCAACGGAACCUUUAUCGACUGGCGUCUGAAUUUAUGGGGCGAAUGUAUCAAUCCACAGAUUCAGACGCUUCACCCACUACCUGACGAGCAUGACGACGACCAUGAAACUGCCACCGUCAUUGUUAGUACAACCAGUGUGGAGCCUGGCGCUCCACCUACUGGGCUUCCCACAACACCCACCGACCAUAUUGACAGGCCUACCAAGCCUAAGCCUACCGACGCAACGGAUUCUGUGGUCAUUGUCACGGCAACCAAUACGGUGUCUGUGCCUGCAGCCACAGCGACAGUGACAGGUGAACCCAGCGAGUACUCAGAUGGCUUCCUUCCUUCGUUUUUCCCAACCUUUGGUGUAUCGAAGCGCACGCAGAUUUGGAUAUACGGCUCAAUCGUGUUGAUCAUACUCUUCUGUGUGGGCCUGGGAAUCUAUUUCUUGAUCCAACGACGUAAAAGGCUUCGAAACAACCCCCGCGAUGCAUACGAGUUUGAAAUGGUUGGCGAUGCAGAUGAGGAUGAGCAACAAGGCUUGACUGCACGGGGAGGGCGAGUCAAGGGAAGGGCUCGACGAGGCGGCGAACUGUAUGAUGCAUUUGCGGGCGAGAGUGAUGACGAUCUCUACAGCGAUGAAGAAACAUAUCAAGACACCCCAAGUAACGACACAGGAACGGGAUCGAGGUCUGGGAGCUCUGAUGGCAAGGAAAGGGAGAAAUAA